AUUUUCUCUCUAGUCACUCCAUUCUAUCUCCAGGUAAAAUAAUGCAUGAAAACAGAAAACACAAACACCCCUGGGGUAAAAUGUGAAUCUGCUGUGCAUUAUGAUCUUUUUAUAAAUCCAGAGGCGGAUUAUUUACAAAAGAAGGAAAAUGAUACAUUCAGUUGGUAAUUGGCUGGAAAGGCAGACAAGUGCCCCUGCGGCAGGAGUACCUGGUAUGCCGUUAAAGGCUACUGAGAACAUUCAAGACAUUUCUGGAAGUCCAGUACUUUUACAUGGAGAAUUAGACUUAUGGAUUAUAGAAGCAAAGGCACUUCCAAACUUAGAUGCUAAAUGUCUUCCUAUGUUCUCUUGGAAAAGCAAGGACAACAAUAACGCGUCAGGAUUAAUAGAUACGAGUGACCCGUAUGUAUCCGUGUGUCUAGCUGGAGCAAGUAUAGCUCGAACAGCAGUUAUUCUAAAUGAUGAAAAUCCGACAUGGAAUGAGCAUCUAUGCGUACCAGUUGCUCACGCGGUAGACAAAGUAGAGUUUAUAGUCAAGGAUAAUGAUAGAGUAGGUGCUGAAUUGAUAGGAAUAGUGGAGAUACCUGCUAAUAAAAUUGUUGAAGGUGAUCAAAUAAAUGGUUGGUUUCCUAUUCGAGGAUCUUCUGGGAAUCCCUUGGACACGGGUGCUCAACUGCAUCUGUCGAUCCUAUAUAGGCCGACAGCAGAGAACCCUAUGUAUAGAAAUGGUGUUGGUAACGAGGCUGAUCAAAAGGGAGUUCCGCAUACUUAUUUUCCUCUACGAAAAGGAGGAAGUGUUACGCUUUAUCAAGAUGCUCAUGUGCCUGAUGAAACAUUUCCUGACAUUUUGCUAGAUAAUGAGAAGGUUUUUAACCGUAAUAAAUGUUGGGAAGACAUAUGUCAUGCCAUAUUGGAGGCACAACAUCUGAUAUAUAUUGUUGGUUGGUCUGUGUAUCAUCCGGUUCGACUCAUAAGAGAACCUACAAGGCCAGUUCCUUCUGCUGGCUGGCUAGAGCUAGGGGAACUGCUAAAGUAUAAAUCGGAAGAAGGAGUUCGUGUCAUUUUGCUCAUUUGGGAUGACAAAACUUCAAAUGAUGAUUUAUUCCUCAAGACGGAAGGUGUAAUGCAGACUCAUGAUGAAGAGACCAGAAAGUACUUUAAACACUCGAGUGUCCACUGUGUUCUUUGUCCUCGUUCCGCUAGCAGUAAGCUUAGCAUUUUCAAGCAACAGGUUGUUGGAAAUAUUUUCACACAUCAUCAGAAAUGUGUGAUUGUUGACACACAGGCAGCUAACAAUGAUCGAAAAAUUACUGCUUUUAUUGGAGGCCUAGAUUUAUGUGAUGGCCGAUAUGAUACUCCUGAACACAGACUGUUUAGUGAUCUUGAUACUGUCUUUGAAAAUGAUGUUCACAAUCCCACAUUCACAAGUUGCUCAGGUGGGCCAAGAGAACCAUGGCAUGAUUUACACUGCAAGAUUGAAGGUCCUGCUGCUUACGAUGUUUUAACAAACUUCGAGCAGAGAUAUAGAAAGGCCAUAAAAUGGAUCAGAAUAAAAAAGUGCAAACCGGGGUUAGAUUCAUUACUUAAGUUAGACCGGAUUCCAUCAAUCCACAUACCUGCUGAUGGACCUGAUGGUGACCAUGUAGUUCGUGUCACAAGAGAAGAAGAUCCAGAAAAUUGGCAUGUUCAGGUUUUCCGAUCAAUAGAUUCAGGAUCUGUGAAAGGUUUUCCAAAGGACGUUAAGGAAGCAGGGGCACAGAAUCUUGUCAGUGGAAAGAAUUUGAGGAUAGACCGAAGCAUACACCUGGCUUACGUGAAAGCAAUUCGAUCUGCUCAACACUUCAUUUAUAUAGAGAAUCAGUAUUUUCUUGGUUCUUCAUAUUGUUGGCCGUGCUACCGAAAUGCAGGUGCAAAUAACCUUGUCCCUAUGGAAAUUGCUUUGAAAAUUGCCAGCAAAAUAGCAGCAAAUGAACCUUUUGCUGCAUACAUUGUGGUUCCAAUGUGGCCUGAAGGAAUCCCGACCAGUAAUGCAGUGCAGGAAAUUCUCUUUUGGCAGGGUCAAACAAUGGCUAUGAUGUACAAAAUUGUUGCACAGGCUCUUGAAAAUGCAGGCAUAUCUCAAUUUUUCCAUCCUCAGGAUUACUUGAACUUCUACUGCCUUGGUAAUAGAGAAGCAAAGAAGCGUGGAGGAUGUGACGAAGAUAAUCCAACUCCCCAGGAGCAUUCGCAUGAAUUAGCUCAAAAGUUCCGCAGAUUUAUGAUUUAUGUACACUCCAAAGGAAUGAUAGCAGAUGAUGAAUAUGUGUUGAUGGGUUCUGCAAAUAUAAACCAAAGAUCUUUGAGUGGUUCAAGGGAUUCAGAAAUAGCUAUGGGAGCUUAUCAACCACAUUACACAUGGGCCAAAAAGGAGUCUCAUCCACAUGGCCAGGUUUAUGGUUAUCGGAUGUCUCUAUGGGCUGAACAUCUUGGUGCAGUUGAAGAUGUGUUCAUGGAUCCACAGACUAUCGAAUGUGUUAGACGUGUUAACGUGAUAGCUAGACGUAACUGGCAAGCAUUUGUAGCAGAUGAAUAUCGGCCGAUGAAAGGUCAUUUAAUGCAAUAUCCAGUUCAGGUAAGUAAAAAUGGAGAAGUCACAGCACUGCCUGGAUUUGAGUGUUUCCCUGAUGUUGGAGGUAAGAUUCUUGGGGCACCAACCAAUCUUCCCGACGCUCUUACCACGUAACAAUCAUAUAGUAGCACAACAUGAAAUGCAUUUUUGCAUCUGAAGUUCCAAGUAUUGAAGCAAAUCCAAGGAACAUGAAUGAAGAGCCAGUGAAGGAAGGGAAACUAGUAUUCCAAAUUGAAGCUCACUGAACAGUAUGCUCCAUCUCCUUAAAGAUGGAAAAAGUUGUCUAGGCUGGAAAAUAUUCCAUUUUACAUAUGAUAUAUAUACUCCAUGAAUGAUUUCUUCUGUUUACAAUUUUGACAUUCUUUGAACACUCAAAAAUAUUAAUUAUGAGCUGAAUAUAGUAGUAGUAACAUUUU